AGUCAUUGAUGUUGAUAUCUUCGUAAAUAGUAUUGGACCUGUGUCAUCAAUAAAUAUGGAGUACCAGAUUGACAUAAUAUUUGCGCAGACAUGGACAGACAGCCGGCUCAGAUAUAACAGCACUAUGAAAAUAUUGACUUUGAACAGUAAUAUGGUUGGACUCAUUUGGCUACCAGACACUAUCUUCAGAAAUUCCAAGAGUGCAGAUUCACAUUGGAUUACUACACCAAAUCAGCUCCUUAGAAUAUGGAAUGAUGGGAAAAUACUUUACACUUUGAGAUUGACCAUAAAUGCAGAGUGCCAGCUUCAACUGCAUAACUUUCCUAUGGAUGAACACUCCUGCCCCCUCAUCUUCUCUAGCUAUGGAUACCCACGAGAUGAAAUGAUUUACAAGUGGAGAAAGAAUUCAGUGCAGGCGGCUGAUCAGAAGUCAUGGAGACUUUACCAGUUCGACUUCAUGGGCCUGAGAAACACCACAGACAUAAUCAAGACAACAGCAGGUGACUAUGUGGUGAUGACUGUAUAUUUUGACCUAAGCAGAAGAAUGGGAUACUUCACAAUUCAGACCUACAUCCCCUGCAUACUUACUGUGGUUCUCUCUUGGGUCUCCUUUUGGAUCAAAAAAGAUGCAACUCCAGCCAGAACAGCACUAGGAAUAACAACAGUAUUAACCAUGACAACGCUCAGCACGGUGGCAAGGACAUCACUACCCAGAGUCUCAUACGUCACAGCAAUGGACCUUUUCGUCACUGUCUGUUUCCUGUUUGUUUUUGCGGCUCUCAUGGAGUACGCCACACUCAAUUAUUAUUCCUACAGUGCUCGCAGUCGCAGACCAACCUGCAACAAGACGAAAAGAUCGAACUACUCAGUACUGGAUGUGGGUCCUCCUCCCACAAUUAUCACGCUCAACAACUCCAUUUACUGGCAGGAGUUUGAUGAUGCCUGUGUUUAUGAGUGCUUGGAUGGAAAAGACUGCCAGAGUUUCUUCUGCUGCUACGAAGAGUGCAAAGAUGGAGCGUGGCGAAAGGGCCGUGUGCAUAUAGACAUUUUGGAACUUGAUGCAUACUCUCGUGUCUUCUUUCCCACCUCUUUCCUAUUGUUCAAUGUUGUCUACUGGGUAGGCUACUUGUAUCUUUAGCGGUCCCACACACCUCACGACACAAAGAACUUGACUUUUGGUUCUGUCAGAGCAGACACGAAGAACAGACUGAACCAGGACUUUUCAAGGUAGGGUAAAAAUAAAAGUGGAUACCGGUUAUCAGAGUUGAGCUGGGACUUCUCCAGUAGAAGAUGAAAUUGAAAAAUGAGACAAUGCUACAGGAACCGAAAGCUACAGCAGAUACAUCAAAACCCUUAA